AGCGCCUUAGUAACUACGGCCACCCAGGAACCUCGAACUCAAAAGCGUGUGCGCCUGUGUGUGUGUUUUUUUGUGAGUGUUGGCCUGUGCAUUAGUGUCUCAUACGCCCUGCCACACGCGCAUUUUUUCUCCUUCUGUAGCAUUGGGUUUCAGAACAACAACUAGAACCUGACAAUGAAGCACUCUAGAAGAGAUGACGCACGGGCUGUAGAAAAAAUAAUCUAGAAGUAUUAUUCAUGUCGUUACACCUUCCUUGUGAGUCGGAACACAACAAUAUUCGUGACAGUAAAUGAAAAAAAAAGAAGAGAACUAACUGCCUGAAGUAUAUAUAAGGAAGACCUCAGUUUUGAAGUUUAUUUGAAAUAUACUUGUUAACGUUGAAAGAUGUACGCCAAAGACGACAUGAAAAUUAUAUGGGUUUCAGUGGUGGCCGUUACGUUUUCGACGGCUGUCUUAGCUCAGACCGACUCUUCUACAGCUGCUAUUGUGGAGUCUCAGUCUUCAACUAGUGUGACUCCAACAGUAUCAAGCACUUCCGUCAGCAGCUCACCUUCAUUAGCCGACACUUCAACCACUUCAACUACUGCAGCUGAUACUUCGACCAGCAGUACUGCUGCACCAAGCUCUUCAAUCACUUCAACUACUGCAGCUAGUACUUCCACCAGCAGUACUGCUUCACCUAGUUCUACAGCAAGUUCAUCUACAUCAGCCGACACUUCAACCACUUCAACUACUGCAGCUAGUACUUCCACUAGCAGUACUGCGUCACCUAGCUCUUCAGCAAGUUCAUCUACAUCAGCCGACACUUCAACCACUUCAACUACUGCAGCUAGUACUUCCACCAGCAGUACUGCGGCACCUAGCUCUACAUCCACUUCAACUACAUUAGCCGUCACUUCAACUACUGCAGCUGGUACUUCCACCAGCAGUACUGCGGCACCUAGCUCUUCAACUAGCUCACCUACAACAGUAGCUUGUAAUCCGACAAAAACAAACAGGCCCAUCUUCAGGCCAUUUUGGCCACCAUUCAAUCAUAAAUUUGUACGGCCACAUGGGAACGUGGUUAGGCCGUUCGUCCCUCCCCAAUUUAAUCCAUAUUCAAAUUUUUUUCAAAAUGGUCGUCGCAAUUAUCAUCAGUUGCAAUAAAAUAUCUUGAUAAACAUUAACCUACGUACAAUAUUAUUUGUUACGUAUUACUUGAAAAAAAGAAUUUCUCAACUUUGGAGCAUAUAUUAAAUAUUUUAAGGUGUUAACCUUGAAUGAGUGAUGUUAUACAAUUGUUAAUAAAUAUCAUACGACUGAA